AUGUCAAGAAAUUAUUCAAUAUUUAUUGUAUUAUGGAUUUUAGUCCAAUUAUUAGUUAAAGUCGAUUGCCAAACAGAAACUUUUAUACCAAUACAACGAAUUCUUCAUACUGCUACAUUUAUUGAUAAAUUAUACAUUUUAGGUGGUUAUAACGUAACUCAAUCUGAUGAUGGUGGUGAAAUUAUUGGAAAACAAUUUUUUGUGAAUGACACUUCAGUUACAUUUGAGUUUCCUCAAUGGAAAGAUUUGACAAACAUUAAUAUAAUCCCGGCACACGCUGGCGCUGCGUCAGUUAAAGGCGUAGAUAAUAAAACAUUGAUUUUAUAUGGAGGGAGAACUUUCGAAAAAAAUGAGAAUAUGAAUUCAGUUUAUAUGUUUGAUACAUUAAAUAAUACAUGGAGUACAUACGAAGAAACUUAUCCUCAUAAGAGAAGUUUAUCAGCUUUAAUUGAUUCUAAUGGAAAAAUGUAUUUAUUUGGUGGACGGGAGAAUAAUGGUGAAAUUGUAAACAAAAUGCUUAUUUUGGAUACCGUUAAUUUGUCUUGGAGUGAAGGAAGUUCACUAAAUGCACCUUGUGCAAGAAUUAAUUAUGGUGCAAUUAUUUUACCUAAUCAAA